AUGGACUUAGAUGUCUCAAGAAACGGAGAUUUUGAGGACACAGAUCUUGGUUUUGCCUUCAAUGAUUCUAAUUUCUCGGAUAGAAUCAUUCAACUGAAAAUCAUGAGUGAUCUUAUUGAAGUUCCUUCUAAUGUCAAGAGUUCUUCCACAUGCGCCAAUCAAACCAGCCUCGACAAAAAGAAAAUGGAUGACUUUCAGACAGACAAUGCAGAGUUGUUAUCGGGCAAAUCUGAUGUAGACGACUGUACGGUGCAUAAGCUUCAAGAGGAUGCAAACGCGGAUGUGGUUGAAUUCUCCAAUGCUGGUGAUGAGGCUGCAGAUCUUCACAUAGACUAUUCCACAAUCGUUAAAGUGAGGACAUUGUAUGUCAACUCCUCCAUCCUAGCCGCGAAGAGCACGUUCUUCUACAAGCUCUUUUCUAAUGGGAUGAGGGAGUCCAAACAGAUACACAUCACCGUAAGAAUCACUACAUCUGAGGAAGCUCCACUCAUGGAACUUUUGAAAUUUAUGUACAACAGUUCUCUGAACGUGACCUCAACGCCUAACUUACUGGAUGUCUUGAUGGCGGCGGACAAGUUCGGUGUGUCGUCGUGCAUGAGCUACUGCAUUCGGGUAUUGUUGAACAUACCCAUGACACCAGAGUCUGCGUUGCUCUACCUAGAGCUUCCUUAUAGUGUCCUGAUGGAUGAUGUUGUUCGACCAUUGAUUGUAGCAGCAAAACAAUAUCUCAUUGCCCGUUACAAGGAUGUCACAAAACAUCAGGAGGAGCUAAUGGGGUUGCCACUUGCUGGGGUCGUGGCGUUACUAUCCAGCGAUGAGCUGCAGGUGGCGUCUGAGGAUGCAGUGUAUGAAUUCGUGUUGAAGUGGGCUCGAACCCAGUACCCUAGUCUAGAAGAGAGGAGAGAAAUUCUAAGAGAAAAGCUUAUUCCCUUCAUCCGCUUCCCAUACAUGACCUGCCGCAAGCUGAAGAUGGUCCAGAGUUGCAACGACUUCGAACAAGAAGUCACUUCUAAGCUAGUAUUUAAUGCCUUAUAUUUCAAGGCUGAGGCACCACACAAUAAACAGAUACUAGCAGCGGAAUCGGCUUCCACUAGUCGUUUCUUUAUUGAGAGGUCAUACAAGUACCGUCCUAUUAAAAUUGUGGAAUUUGAACUUCCACAGCAACAAUGUGUGGUCUACUUAGACCUAAGGCGGCAGGAGUGCGCCAACCUGUUUCCCUAUGGCCAAGUCUGUUCACAGAUCUUCCAUUUAGGCGGUCAGGGGUUUUUCUUGUCAGCGCAUUGUAGUAUGGAUCAGCAGAGCUUCUACCAUUGCUUCGGCUUUGGUUUUGGCACGCAUAAAAAAGACUCUGUGAACUUCAGGUUUGACUAUGAAUUUGCUGUUCGGUCGAGGCCAACCUUAGAAUACAUCAGCAAGUAUAAAGGCAACUGUAUAUUUACCGGGGGAAGAGCAGCAGUCGGUUUCAGGAAUUUUUUUUCUACACCAUGGACAUCGUUCAUGGCUGAGGACAACCUCUUCUUUAUCAAUGAUGUUCUCAAUCUUAGAGUAGAGCUAAUGAUUAGAAACUAG